CUGUCAAAAUUAGGAGUUGCACGGUCAUCAAGGCAAAAUUUUCGACUGAGUUAAUGGUGUCCUCCAUUACUGAAAAGUUCCCCGGGAAAACUUCAGGAUUUACGUAGUGUUUUCGCUUAUGGUGGGAUUUAUACUGCUGCAGUAGGUCAUAUUGACAUUUCCUUUCUUUUUUGUGUUGUGCUUGCCCGUCGACAAAAUGUCACAGGACCAGACGGAGCGGAAAGGAACCCAGGUUGUUCACGUCCGUGAGGAUAGUGGGAGCGAACUUGACGCACUAUUCAAUGCCGUCAUGAACCCUAAAUCUGGACAAAGUGGGCAGAUUCCUCUCCGUAUGAGGAACCUGCCAGCUUCGUUUUGGAAGCCCCCUGACCAGCCACAACGGCCGGUUCAGCACAUGAAACAGGGCAGUAAUGACUCUACUGGGGGAUACCCUGGUCACCCGUCGGGGGUCGGGCCGUCACAGGGCAAUCUCCAAAUAGCUCAUAUGAGAGCUCACUCGUCCCCGGCCAGUUUACAACAGACUCUUUCGACUGUCCCCCAGGGUCCUCCCCAAGCCCCAGCACACCACGCCCGACAGCAUUCGUGUGACGCUCUCCUUGACAACGAGCCCCUCCCCCCGGGAUGGGAAAUUGCGAAGAUGCCUGAUGGUCAGCGAUAUUAUCUAAAGCAAAAUCCACCUCCAGACAUUUUCAACAAAGCUUCAUCACCCAAUUCCAAUCAUCUCACACAAUCCACAACCUGGCAAGAUCCCCGUAAAGCCGUCAGCACAACCGCCCUCAAUAGUCAACAAAGCCCACCCUCUUCGCAGCAGUCUCCCAACGUCUCCAUGCAGAACCUUAACCUCGACUCCCUGCCCCAGGGAUGGGAACAAGCAAGCACACCCGAAGGAGACAUUUACUACAUAAAUCACCAUGAACGCACCACGAGUUGGUACGAUCCAAGAAUACCUGAACGGAUGCGUCAACAAGCUAGAAUAAACUCAGUAGGUCCCGGACCGGGUCAGCGACAGAUGGGUCAACAGUUGGCUCCACCCCCUCAACACCCGCAACAAAAUGGGGGCACACAACGUUCACAGCAGGCUAAUCUGCAAUUCUCCAAACUACAAAUGGAGAAAGAAAGGCUGCGCAAGAGACAGGAAGAAAUUGCAAGACAGGAGAUGCUCCUGCGGGCACAGAUGCAGGCACAGCAACAAUUACAGCAGCAGCAGCAGCAGCAACAACAGGACGCGAUACCCGUGUCACAAAGCAUAAACAUAUCUCAAGCCAACGAAAUGACGUCAGUCACAGACCCGUUCCUGGGCCAAACAAACUCAUCAGAUCACUCCAGGCAGGAAAGCACUGACAGUGGAGUUGAAGGUGGAAUGGGGACAGGGACCAACUACAGCAUGCCUAGAACUCCUGAAGAUUUCCUGAGCAACGUAGAUGAAAUGGACACACAAGAAGGAGGACACAGACAGGGAGAUUUCAAUAACAUGGACAUUGGAGGUAACAUUGGUGAAAGUGGCGAGCCGAGCAACAUGGAUAGUGAAGACUUGGUACCUAGUUUACAGGAAGAUAUUAGUAAUGAACUCUUAAAUGAUAUGGAGAAUGUGUUAAAUUCGAACAAGCUUGAAGACAAUCUACUGACCUGGUUGUGAGAAAUAGAGGUCAAAGUUCAUUACAUUGGAAACCAUCACAAGGUCGGCAGGGGGGCGGAGCCAUAUCCUGCCAAUCAUUGCAGCAGGGGAUGGAGUCAUUUUCUGUCAAUCAUGACUACAGGAGGUGGAGCCAAACACUUUCAUUCAUGAUUACAUUGGAUGGAGCUUUCCUCUGCCAAUCUUCUUGUUUUUUUAUCACUAUUCCAUGUUGCCAGUUGAAAUUAUUUCUGGUGAAAGUGUUCACUAGGAGUAACCAAUGGAAUCAUUGUUAAAUAAUGUUUUUUCUUUUUUUUUUUCGAUAUGAAUUAUUUUUCCAAUAGACUUUUUUUAUAGAAUAUCAGGGAAAAAUAUGAAAACGAUUUAAAAAAAAUAUAUUUUGUAUUCAAGUGUAUGAUAGAGUAUUUCACUCGUGUAUGAUUGUAUUAUUGAACUGUUAUUAUUAUCCACAUAAACAUGGACACCCAUAAUGUGUGGUUGGUCGUACAAUAUUUUACCAAGGUUUUGAAAUCUUGUAUUUGCCGCCCCUAUAAAAAGAAUCGUAUAUAACUAAAGCAUGAUGUGUCAGUGUUAUUAUCGUAUCAUUAUAUGGUUCAAGAGGUGCCCUGAAGUACAAGUUAUGUAUAUUUGUUUCGUGUUUAGAGAUUUUUCAAGCAUUUUGCUAUAGCGUACUUGUGUGUUACUUGGCCUAUCUUUUCUGGAAUAUAAUGUUGUUGCAUAUAUAUAUUAAGAGGCCUACUGUAUAACAACAAUAUCAUCAAGUUUUACUGGCAAAUAUUUACAUAUUUAUUUUGUGCAAAAUUGAAAGUUCCAUCAUGAGAGCUCCUUUCAAAAAUUACUUUGCCAAUUAGGUCUUGUUUAUGGGGAGAGGACUCUCGCAUAAAUCGAAAAGAUGUUAUCAAGUUAUCUAUCUUGAUAAUGUCUGUCCAGUGAAUGGUCAUUCAUUAGCAAGAUUGAUAAUGUCUGUCCAGUAAACGGUCAUUUAUUAGCGUAUACAUUAGCACUGGUAGAUGACCAAUAGAUCUGAUGAUGUACUAAAGCUCCCCCGUUACCUUGAACUUGGUGAUAUUGUUGGCAAAACUCGGUUUUGCUGUCCAAUCUUUUUUUCAAGGGAGGGAACUCUGUUACCCCCAACUCGAUCGUGUUAUGCUAAUAUACUGCUGAUUUAAAAAAUAUUUUUUCACAUCUAAUAACAUUGAAUAUAUUUAAUGCCUUGAAAUUAUUUUACAUUUGAUACUAAACAAAUUAAGGCACAGUAUGCAUUUUUUAUGAACUUUUUCAAUUGUUGUAUAUUUUUCUUAAGAAGGAAUGUCAUAUUUCUUAUUUCUUGAAUUUCUUGAACUUUAAACUUGGGGCAGGCCCCUCCAAUUACUUAGAAUGAACUUAAGAAAUGAAAACCAAUUAACAGACUGUUGUCCUUUUAGAUAGCAUUUAAUCAUUAAUGUAAAAGUUAUUAUUUUGGAAAAUUCUAUAUUUUAAUCUGGAAAAUGUUUUCUGUCCUGAAGACGGUAAAAAAGUUUUAUGUAGUGCUUUGAUGUUCUUUAUGUGUUGACAGUCCUUCACACUAUGAAGGAUAAAGAAGUUUCUUUUUCUAUUGACCAGCAAUCAGCAGCCAUAUGGGAUUGAAGUUUUGUUCUGUUCGUGGAUUUAUUUGUAACACUGCUGCAGAAGUCUUGUAGAAGUGUUUAUAGCAGUUUUGGCUGGUACGAAUGUUGUCAUCUGUUGUCCAUCGGUGUAACCUAGACACGAUAGCAAUGUUCGCUGGUGUAACUUUUAGACUCGAUAGCGAUGUCCAGCUUUUUCGUGUUAGAUGUCCGAAUAUGUCCAGCUUUUCGUAUUAGAUGUCCGACUAUGCAAAAAUGUGUUGGUUAUUUAUUGGAAAAAAAUGGGGUUUUAGAAUUUUUUUCUCAUUGUUAAAUAAUUGUUGAUUUUUUAUAUUCAAAUUGCAAUAUUUGUAUACAACAACAAAAAAAGAUUUAGAGUUAACUUUUUGGUAUGCCAGUGUGUAUAUACUAGUAAUCCUAUAUAUCUGUUAGGGUACUUUACCUCUAUAAUCUUUUUAUGACUAAUUACAUAAAACAUAUUGAUGAUGAUGAUGAUAAUAACAAUUUUAUUAAUUAUUUAGUAGAAAUUUGAAUUUUAUCCUAAUAUUUCUUGACAAUUAGCAUGAUUGGUAUGUAGAGUUAGAACUUAACAAAUGUACUAUGACAGUUUUAAAUAUCUUUAAAUAUUAACCUAAGGUUUUAAUUCAUUUUGGACUAAGUUUUAUGUACUCAUGAAUGUCCACAGAGUCUUGAGAUAAUAUAGUAAUUAUGUGUAGUCUCAAAAAUAUAGCAAUUUGAUGAUAAAUUUUAAUAUUUUCUCUAAGGAAAUGGUAGAAAAAAAUUCUUUCAAAACGAAAAACUAUUAAAAAAAGUUUUAUUAUGAGUUAGAUAUAUGUAAAUGAACACAGGUAUUUGGAAUAUUUGUUUCACCAAUUCAGUUAACAGUUAUAGUCGGUUCAACCUACAAAUUCUGCUUUCUUAGAUAUUUGAUGUGAAGUACGAGUUCCUACUUGGUGGUCACAACAGAUCAAAAAUGAAAAAAAUCCAGUCUUUCUUUUUCAAAGGUUGUUUGUGUACUGACGAUGUUCUGUUUUGUGGUUGUAGGAAACACAUGCCCUCCAAUUUAAAAAAUACAGAAUGAUGCCUUUAUUCGUUUAUUAUAUUGAUAAACUUUGACAUGUAGAAGAAUAUUGUCAAAUUGAUUUUACAACGAGUGAAGCUACAGAAAUUUGUGUAUUGUUGUGACUGCCAUGUAUGGUCAACACGAGCAAGGCCAAUUUUGUGAUAUAAUUCUGAGUUGUCUCCCCUUCAGAGUGCUACCCACAUGCUGUAGUAGUGACAACCAAGUACGUGAUUUCGUUGUUGUGGUGGUAUCGUAUAAGUAUAGUGUUUUGAUACGCAGAGAGCACCUGCAUGAUAAAUUUGUUUCUGAAUGCUUAAGCUACGCGCUACCAUUUCAAGUGCAUUCAAGUGCCAUACCCUGUUGAAAUACCAGGAGAAAGAAGUCUUCAAAAUCCUUGCCCAGUCAGAUCAACUGGGCAAAGACAAGAAGGGAAUGUGUUCGCUUCUCCAUGUCAAACCGUCCAACCAGACUGGGUAUAUGUAAAAUAUUUGUGUAUUUCGGGGCAUUCAGAAAUAAAUGUUAUUCAGCAUUUUUAUAUUUUUAUCAAUAUUUUUUAAAUACCGUACCCACAAGGCUUGUCCGCAGACAACUAUUGUUGGUACCUUUUGAAAGUUAAAUGCAAACUGUCUGCAUUAACGUUUCAUUACACUAUGGGUGGAAACAAUAUAAUACAUAUUGUUUCUUGUCAUGUUAUAUUACAAUGAUUCCAAAGUUCACGACUGUUGAAAUGUUUUAAGGAGAUUUUAUUUUGGUACACUGUGGAGACUUUUGAUACAUUGUGCUUUGGAGCACAUUUUUUUACGAGAAAGGCAGUCCGGGAUAUAAGCCAUUGUGUAAGAGAGUAUACAUUCCAAAUGUCCAUGUUAUUUUGAUGACUCCUUGUUUUCUCACGGAAAAUAAUUUCUCAAGGAUGAAUUCCUGAGAAAAUUAAUGUGAUGCUUGAGAAAGCAAUAAGUGAAAACAAUAAUUAAAGCAUCUGGUAGUAAAUUACUGAGAAACUGAAUUAUGCACACAAAAUGUCUUUGUUGAGCAUGGUAAAGAAGACUACCACAGACGGGAAAAGUCUGAGAAAAAAGGCUGAAACACAUCAAUGUUUAUUUAACAAGUGUUUUUGACUGCCAAGGGAAUGAAGAUAAUUACAUUUCGUUUAUAAAAAUCCUUUCAUCUCGAAAACUGAUUAAGUCCUUAAUUCACCGGACUAACUCCGCUGUAACUGGAGUUGGCCCCUGAAUUAAAGGAAGUGAAAGGAUUCCAUACUUCUAGUUCUAACCUUAACUGGAUUCAUAUGAUCCUAAUAUUAUAUUUGUACAAAGUCAAAUGUACGUUGAGAAUUAUUUCCGAGAGGGAUUUUUUUUAUCCUAUCUUGGGGGUAGUAAGGGUUGAUAUAGUUUUUUGUUUCUCAUGAUUAUUAGAAUGGAAAGUUCUUUUUCUGAAUAGUAAAGUAACAUUAAGAGAGAUAUUAAAGGUUUAUAUUAUGAGCUGGUGAUCACAUUUUCCCCUUAUGUUCUGUUAUAGAUGUGUUUUAUUAAGUGCUAUUGAUUUAUACAGUAGACAUUAAUAUAUGUUUGAAUGGGUUUGUGCAUAAAAGGUAAAAGAAAAUCAAAAGUUCUGUUUAAAACCCCCAGUUAACACUAUAUCUUCAACAAAACGGCAAUGACAUGGUGAUAUUUCAUAUUAAAAUGCCAUCAAGUAGGUGCUGAUCACAAGUUUGAGGUUAGAAAUGUGUGAAAGAUUUAACACAAGUCACAAUAGAUUACCGACAUUGAUGAGUUGGCUUAUGUUGCAAUUUUCACUCAACUUAAAUUAAAACUUGGCGAUUAAAAUAAACGUUUAUGCACAACCUCAUUCUGCAGAUUACCCUGUAGUCAUUUUAACCCCAUACAUAUUUUUGUCAAUAGUUUUGCCCCGUUGAAACCCACCCUGCCCCUCUUUCAUUUUUCACUUGUACGCCUCUAUCCUCAUGUAGUGUCCCAUCCCCAUGGUUACCGUCCUCGAUAUUGACAUCGAAUGGAAGCAAGGAAAUUGUAGGAAACUAAGGGAGAUCAAUCAAAGUGCGGGUCAGCUGGGCUGGCAAAGCUUGCUGGAAAAUUGAUUAAAAACCAAUGAAUUUUCAUUAUUGCGAUGUUAUACAAAAGUUGGUUGGGCUGUUUUAUUAAAGGUACUUCAACUACACACUGUCAAUAAUACUUGCUUUCUGUCACAAAGCAAAUAUACAUUCCAAAAGUUUGUAUUUCUUAGCAGGAUUUCUUCUUGUCGCAUCUGUAAUUAUGUAACUGAUUGGUGUAAAUAGGUUCAAAUUAUUUUCACUUUAUUUUCCUACAAUUUUUCAUUUGCAUUUAACUCCAUUUGAAAUCACCUCAUCUCCCCAUAGUACAAGUUUAUGAUAUUUUCUCCCCAUAGUCAUUUUUUAUCAGUUUAUUAUUUUGUCCAUCAGUGAAAAUGACAUUUUAAUACAUAUAUAAAUAUUAUAAAGAUUAUAUAUCUUUUGUCUAUAAAAAAACAUUGAAAUGACAUUUAUAGAGGUCAAUAUUAAAACUCUGUUAGCACUGAAAUGUAAAUACGAUCUCAACCAAGUUUCACCUUUCAUAGAUUUACAUUAUAUUCAGUGGUGAGACAUUUGUUCAUUAUAUUUGUAUCCCAGUUAUGGGUAAAAAAAGAAAAUUAAAGAGAAAAAAAUGUAAAUAAAAAUAAGCAAAAAGAAA